AGUCUUCUCAUGGAGUUGUUGUCAAUGGCGUCCGCCUUCAUGCUCUUCUACUGCUUCUUAAACAUUCUAUGGGUUUUUUUCCGGCGGUGGCGCGACCGGCAGUGCUACCUGGUUGACUAUGUGUGUUUCAAGCCCUCCGACGACCGGAAAAUAUCGACGGAGUUCAGCGGGGACAUCGUGAUGAGGAACCCGCGGCUGGGGUUCCCGGAGUACAAGUUCCUGCUCAAGGUCAUCGUCAACUCCGGCAUCGGCGAGGAGACGUACGGCCCGAGCAACAUUUUGGAGGGGCGGGAGGACGAGUGCACCCACGGCGACGGCAUGGCGGAGAUGGACGACUGCAUGGACGCGGCGCUGGACGAGCUGUUCCGGCGGUCGGCGGCGCUGCGCGUGUCGCCGCUCGACGUGGACGUGCUGGUGGUGAACGUGUCGAUGUUCGCGCCGGCGCCGUCGCUGGCGUCGCGGAUCGUGCGGCGGUACGGCAUGCGGGAGGACGUGAAGGCGUUCAACCUCGGCGGGAUGGGGUGCAGCGGCAGCCUCAUCUCGCUGGACCUCGUCGGGAACGUGUUCCGGGGGAGGGGGAGGACGACGGCGGUGGUGCUGUCGUCGGAGUCGAUCGGGCCCAACUGGUACCGCGGCAGCGAUAAGUCGAUGAUGAUGGGGAACUGCCUCUUCCGCUCCGGCGGAUGCGCCAUGCUGCUGAGCAACGACCCAGCGAUGCGGCGGCGGGCGAAGAUGAGCCUCCGAUGCCUCGUGCGCACCCACAUUGGCGCCAACGACGACGCUCACCAGUGCGCCGCCCAGAAGGAGGACGACCGAGGCCUCGUCGGCUUCUUCCUCGGCAAAGAGCUCCCAAAGGCUGCAGUCCGAUCGUUAACGGAGAAUCUCCAACGCCUUCUCCCCAAAGUGCUUCCCACCCGAGAGCUGCUCCUCUUCGCCGCCCGGGCGGCGAGGCAGCGGCUGUGGUGGCGGAACAAGGCCGGGGCACCUCUGGCGGCGGCGACGCGAGUCAACUUCAAGUCCGGCAUCGACCACUUCUGCCUACACCCCGGCGGCGCCGCCGUGAUCGAGGCCGUCGGGCGAAGCAUGGCGCUCUCCCCCCACGACCUCGAGCCGUCGCGCAUGACCCUCCACCGGUGGGGCAACACCUCCGCCAGCAGCCUCUGGUACGUCCUCGCCUACAUGGAGGCCAAGCGCCGCCUUCGGAGGAACCACCGCGUGCUCAUGGUCACCUUCGGCGCCGGCUUCAAGUGCAACAGCUGCGUGUGGCAGGUGGAGCGCGACCUCGACGACGACGGAGCUUGGGCGGACUGCAUCCAUGGCUACCCUCCCAAGACCUCGACCAAUCCCUUCCUCGAAAAGUACGGCUGGGUCAACGAUGAGUGAUCGCCAUUGCCAUCGAACAAAACUACUAUAAAAGGAUCUUCACAACUCUCUUCACAGCCAUUAAGAUCAGAGCAGAAUUCGCUUUCAAUGUAGUUUUCUUCUUCUUCGUCUUCUUGAUGUUUUCCUCUGAUUAACAUUCGAUUAUGAUGAUUAGUUCUUAGCCGCCACUAAUUAAUCAACAUGAGCUUAAUUA